AUGGCUGGCACCGCCCAGGGUGCCAUGGACUUGCUGUUGGGCCGCCUCUCAUCGGUGCUCCUGGAAGAGGCGCAGCUGCUGCGCGGCGUCCACGACGACGUCGAGUUCAUUAAGGACGAGAUGGAGAGCAUGAACGGCUUCCUCCUCGACCGCUGGCUCUGGGUCAUCGCCAUUGUGAGGUGGCAGUACCAGGAAGACGAGUACCCGCUGACGAGGAAGGUGUACGAGCAUCCUUCCAUGGCGAGCUGCUUCCAUCUCAAGGCCUGGAUCAAUGGCAUCGAGAAGUACAUGAAGCGCAAGGAGACGCUCCAGUGCAUACUGGACCAGCUACCCGCACUGGAUGAUGAUCAUGAUCAUGCAGACAAGUUAGUGGCAAGCGAUGGCGACAUGGAUGAGGAGGAGGCACAGUUGGUGAAGAAGCUCAAGAAUCGUCUCAAGGGCAAAAGGCUGCAACAACUCCAGCACUACAAAAUGAAAAAUGUAAAGGGUGCUGAACAAUCCACCGGCUGCUGUUGGAGAAACAUCCAUGAGCGUCCCAUUCCCAUAGAAUAUCCAGAGGAUUCUAAAUAUUUCAUGGAAAUGGAUUACACGGAAGCAUUUCUUGAGUUGCUGCACCUAGAAGGAUUCGAAGGGUUGAAGAAACACCACCUCAAGGACAUCUGCAACAAGGUAUAUCAGCUCAAGUAUCUGAGUAUAAGGAACACUGAUAUCACUGAGCUCCCAAAGGACAUCGAGAAGCUCAGAUAUCUGGAGACACUUGACAUCAGGCAAACCAAGAUAUGGACAUUGUCCUCAAAAGCUAUCGUGCUACCAAAGCUGAUGCAUCUACUCACCGGCAAUGUUGAACAUCAAAGAAAGGAUGCUGCCACUGGGUCAGGGGGCAGUGCCAAUGAAUUGGUGGAAGUUGGACGGCUGAAGCAACUGAGAAAGCUGGGUGUGGUUCUCCGUGGCAAGGAAGCUCGUCUUGGUCAUUUUCUACGGGUGAUUGAGAGGCUAAAUGAAUGUCUUUGCUCUUUGUCACUCCGAAUUGAGCUAACUAGCAGCAGCGAAACUCCUGACCUGAACAUGGAGAAGAUUGCAUUCUCACCCCCAAAAUUACUUGAGAGCCUAACCAUCAAUGGCACCAUAACCGGGCUACCUAGUUGGAUCAAGGAGCUUCAUCUACUGUCCAAGAUAACUCUAUGUGGUACUUCCUUGAUGGACAAUGCCAUCCGGAGUCUUGGUGAGCUCAGCAGCUUGCGGUGCCUCAGGCUCUGGCACAAGUCAUACAUAGAAAUGAGGCUCACCUUCAAGGAUGAUGAGUUCUAG